AUGCUGCUGCUCUCUCCCAUCGUCCUGAUAUGGGCAGCAGCCCUCCUACUUGCCGUCUUCUUGAUCCAACGCCUCAGAUCACCCUUGAGCAAGAUUCCAGGCCCAGCAGUCUCCAAAUACACUUCCUUGGUUCUCAAGUGGAAAGAGAUCAAGGCUCUGAGAACAGUCUACAUCCACCAGCUGCACCAGCAAUAUGGCCCCGUGGUCCGCAUCGCCCCGAAUGAGGUCUCGUUCACAUCCUGGGAGGCCUUGAAGGAGAUUUACUGCUCCGGAGGCAGCGGCUACGACAAGACGGAAUUCUACGACCUCUUUAAGAUUUACGGGAGAAGGACCAUGUUUACAACACUGAACAAGGCAGACCACGCCAAGAGGAAAAGGAUCCUGGCCGAUCGUUAUGCCAAUAGCAACAUCAUGAAGAGUGCAUCCGUCGCAGGGGUCCAAGAGCGCUCCUCCAAGUUUGUCCGGCGAUGCGUUUCUUCUCCAGGAGGCGUGUCAGACAUCUUUGUAAAUCGCCUCAUCUCGCACUACGCCCCUACUCUGCACCGUCUCUUCUCCAAGGUGCUUUAUCUGUUCGCAAAGCCUCGUGAAACCCCCCUGGCCGACGACUAUGUCCUGGAAACCAGCCAGCUGAGCGGCACGGCGCCCUUCACCCUCAUGAGCCGCUUUGACGAGAAGACGGGCGACCUCGACUACAUCGACAAGGCGGCAGAAUGCCUGGACCACAUGGCCGCGGGUAUCGACACCACGGGCGACGGGCUCUGCUUCCUCAUGUGGGAGCUAUCCCAGCCUCGCUCGCUCGCGUUCCAGCGAAAACUGGCCGACGAGCUGCGCGCGAACCGGGAGACGCCCUUUGACCGGCUUCCGUAUCUGGAUGCCGUUGUCAACGAGGGUCUGCGGUGCUUCCCGCCGAUCCCAAUGUCGCUGCCGCGCUACGUCCCCCAGGGUGGCCGCUCCAUUGACGGCUUCUGGCUGCCGGAGAAGACGAUUGUCAGCUGUCAAGCGUAUUCGGUGCAUCGCCUCAACAGCGCGAUAUUCCCCGAUGGCGACAGGUUCAAUCCGGACCGCUGGCUGGAACCGCAGGGAGACGCGGACCGGAGGAGGCUCCAGUUUGCGUUUUCCAACGGAGGAAGAGGCUGCGUUGGGAAGCACUUGGCUCUCCUUGAGAUGAAGACGUUGCUGCGGGAUGUGUAUUCCAGGUACAGCACGACGCCGCACGAGUCCAUGAGGGAGGAGGCCAUGGCCAUGUCGGACCAGCUCAUCUCGGCACGACCAUUGGGGCAAACGUGCCUUUUGCGUUUCCACGCUCUCGAAGAAGAUGACAACCGAGACGACGAGAUAUAG